AGCCCGUCUUCCGUGCUGAGACAUGAACUAGACAAGAAGCCAGCAGUCUCACAAGUAGAGUUCUCUGCCUUUAAUUCAGUCAACACUCCAGCAAUUUCCACUUCCAGCCAACCAGAUUUCUAUCUUCCUCAUUGACAAAAUCGUCAUCAUGAAGUUCCUCGGCCUCACCACCCUCCUGGCCCUCCCGCUGGCCAUGGCUGCACCAGCCGCCGAGCUCGUCGCAGGCAAUGUCUUCAUCUGCACCCAGUCAGGCUGGGGUGGAGAGUGCCGUAACCUCUUUGUCGGCGCCGCCACAGGGGACUGGAGGACGCAAUGCCAGCGCCUCCCGGAGAACUACGUCCGGAACAUUGGCUCGGCGGGUCCCGAUGCGGGCGCCCUCUGCAGGCUGUUUGACAACGACCACAGCGACUGCACCGGCUCCGGCCUCGCCAUCCUGUCCAGGCCGGGAAGCGACAACCUGGGAGCUGCGGGUAAGCAAGCUGUGUACAUCUCAUGUGUCACUUGCACCAACUGCACCUAGAGGAGACUGUUAGUCUAGUCCACUCUAGGGCUGCAGGUAUAAUGGGUGUUUAAUGCCACGGUCGUUGCUGGUUGGUGGAGCAUGGUGAGCAUGCAGUUAGUUGGGCAACACAGCCCGAGUGGUUGUGGUCAAUUAAUGUUUCAAUGGAUCUGGCUUAAUCGGUGUUAGUUAGCUUGGUUAGCUCGAAUUCCAUAUAAUGUCUUUUUUCCUAAAUUAGAAAUGAUCGUAGGCCCUAGAAGUAGGCGGUUUCUGUAUUACAACUGAGGCCAUGUUUUUCGGGAAUUUCACUUGAAAACCUGGUCAGGCCGGUGUACCGUCACGCGUGGUAUUGAU